UCAUAAUUCAGACAACAGAAAGUACAAGCAAUAAGAAUUAAAUUUUCCCCAAAAUAUUUUCCUCACAAUAAUCCAAAAUAAUAAAAGCAAUAGAAUUACCCUUCUUUAAACGAGUCGUAACACAACGGCAAAAUCCCGUACAGGCUGCUGUACGCCCAUCCGACACAUGUGUGUGUAUAAAAAUAGCUCAGACAGAGCAUAAGAACGCGUCCUGUGUGAACUUCCACUCAUAAGCCACAUUUUCUAAACCCCGAUCAUAACCUCGGUGAUUCGUCGCGGCUCCCGAGAGUGGUGCUGAACGGACAGCGCCCUUAACUUUAACCUGCAUGGGCGUGGCGCUUCAACUAUCAGCGGAGCGGCGAUACAGACCGCAGAUAAAAGAAAUAAUAACAAUAAAACAAAAAGAAAAAAAUUAAGAACCAUUAUCCACGCUACGACUAAACCUACCAUACGUUCUCUUUGUUUGCCACAUCCGCCGCAGUCUUCCCCAAUCACACCGAGCGAACGCUAACAAAGGUAUCUCACAAUUAAGUGACAAGUCAUCCGGGGAAAAAGCCCUCAGAUAUGGACACGUUACAUCUUUAACCCUCAAAACCCCGCAUCACUUCCGCCGCUUCUCCAGCAGAGCGUCACCUCAUCCUCCGUCGGUCUCGCGUCUCAUGUACGGUAACAUCUCUGGAUUUUCUCUGAAUGUUUGGCAUGUGGCUUCAAUAGAUAUAACGCCAUCGAAUAAUAAUAAUAAUAAUAACGUGAUUUGCUUUGCGCUGUCCGCGUUUACCUGCAUCCUUCGCGUUUUGUAUUGUUCAACAGAUUGUUCAACAUGAGUAGGCAUCUUUUCUAAAGGCUUUUUGCGAUCAGUUGCAUACGAACAUGUGGGGCUGCUAAUAAAAAUGUCUUGUUUUGGCGUGGUCAUGUAAUCAAGAACCCGAAGAAAUGCUAAUGGAUUGUUUGUAUUGUUACACCUUCUUUUGGGAUCCUUAUUUGUAUCAUUCAUUAUGUUUACAUCCCAUUAGCGUUCCUUUAAGAUUUCCCUGACAAGCAGGCUACAGUUAACCUCCUCAUGUGUAAUGCCGCUUCUCUCCUCCCAAUGGGAAAACUAACAUUUAGUGUCCACAGAGCUCUCUAGCCCCGGGGGUUUACGUGCCUUUGCAUCCAUCUGACAGCAUUCGCCGAGAGAAAUGUCCGCUGCCGGAGAUGUGCCUGCGUUCUUCCAGAACAUGGGAAGCUCCAGCCCCAGUCAGCCUCGGCAGAAAUUCUGUGGCAUGUUCUGCCCGGUGGAGGGUUCGGCCGAGAACAAGACGCUGGACUUUGACUCGCUGUCCUCAGGAAAGGGUCGAGUGAUCGAGAGGCAGAAGGAUAUCUCCAAACCGCGAAAGGUGGAGAUCAGGAGAAGCACCGGAAAAGAGAUUCUGCAGAACCUGAACGACGAGAGCGACCGUCUCUUGAUUAAAGGGGCGAAGAUUGUGAACGAUGAUCAGUCGUUCUGUGCCGACAUUUAUAUGGAAGAUGGCCUGAUCAAGCAGAUUGGAGAGAAUCUGAUAGUGCCUGGUGGGGUGAAAACCAUCGAUGCUCACGGGCGCAUGGUGAUGCCGGGUGGCAUUGAUGUGCACACACGCUCCCAGAUGCCUGACAGGGGCAUGACUGCUGCCGAUGACUUCUAUCAAGGCACCCGAGCUGCACUGGCUGGAGGGACCACCAUGAUCAUUGAUCAUGUGGUUUCUGAACCCGGGACGAGUCUGAUGUCGGCCUUCAAUCAGUGGCGGGAAUGGGCGGACAGCAAAGCGUGCUGCGACUAUUCUCUUCACGUGGACAUCACUGAAUGGCACAAGGGUGUUCAAGAAGAGAUGGAGGCGCUCGUCAAAGAUCACGGCGUUAACUCUUUCCUCGUCUACCUGGCUUACAAAGACGUUUUCCAGCUCACUGACUCCCAGAUCUACGAAGUGUUCAGUGUCAUCCGGGACCUCGGGGCCAUCGCUCAGGUCCACGCUGAGAACGGAGACAUCAUAGCCGAGGAACAGCGCAGGAUUUUGGAGCUGGGUAUCACUGGACCAGAGGGACAUGUCCUCAGUCGUCCAGAGGAGGUAGAGGCGGAGGCAGUGAACCGCUCUGUAACAGUGGCUAAUCAGACCAACUGCCCUCUUUACGUCACCAAAGUGAUGAGCAAGAGCGCCGCCGAUGUCAUCGCUCAAGCCAGGAAGAAAGGCACCGUUGUGUACGGCGAGCCAAUCACAGCAAGUCUCGGCACGGACGGCUCGCACUAUUGGAGCAAGAACUGGGCCAAGGCCGCCGCCUACAUCACGUCUCCACCCUUGAGUCCAGAUCCCACCACACCGGACUAUCUCAACUCACUGCUGUCAUGUGGGGAUCUGCAGGUAACAGGAAGCGCUCACUGCACCUUUAACACCGCCCAGAGAGCUGUGGGUAAAGACGAUUUCACCCUCAUCCCCGAAGGAACCAACGGCACUGAGGAAAGGAUGUCCAUCAUCUGGGACAAAUGCGUGGUAACUGGAAAAAUGGACGAAAAUCAGUUUGUGGCCGUCACCAGCACCAACGCUGCUAAGAUAUUCAACUUGUACCCGCGCAAGGGCCGCAUCGCAGUGGGUUCAGACGCCGAUCUUGUUCUGUGGGACCCUGAUGUAACCAAGAUCAUCUCAGCGAAGAGCCACAAUUUGGCAGUGGAGUAUAACAUCUUCGAGGGCACUGAGGUGCGCGGGGCGCCCCUGGUGGUCAUCAGCCAGGGAAAGAUCGUGCUGGAGGAAGGGAAUCUCCACACCACUGAGGGAUCGGGACGCUUUGUGACCCGCAAGCCCUUCCCUGACUACGUCUACAAGAGGAUAAAGGCUCGCAGCAGGCUCGCUGAACUGAGGGGCGUCCCACGGGGUCUCUACGACGGGCCGGUCUGCGAAGUCUCAGUGACGCCCAAAGCUGUGACCCCUGCUUCCUCUGCCAAAACCUCUCCCGCCAAGCAGCCCUCUCAACCGGUCCGCAACCUGCACCAGUCCGGCUUCAGCCUCUCCGGCGCUCAGGUUGAUGACAACAUCCCGCGCCGUAACACCCAGCGCAUCGUUGCGCCCCCUGGUGGCAGGGCCAACAUCACCAGCCUGGGCUAGACGCCCUCCUCCAGCCGACAGGAGAAUAGGGGGUUGGGGGGGAGGGAUGUCUAGAACGGAGGUGUAUGCUGAGACCACCGUGUCGCAUCAGGAACCCUCCACAGGGCCUAUGAUUCUCCACUCCCUAGUCUCCCAACCCCUGAGCUCUCGCCCCGAUUCCCUUGUUUUUCUUUUCCCAACCUUGCACCACUUCCUAAAGGAGACAUCUAAAGAAGAAGAAAAAAAAACAACGACACAAAGCAUUUGCCUCAUGUGAAGAGAGAAGGAAAAAAUGUAACAUCCACAUUCGAGCACUUCUGAUUGUAUGAUUUUUAUACUGUACUUUCUAUCCGCCACGAGUCAUGUUAUUAUUUUUGUAUUUAACUUUAUUUGCUUUCUGAAAUCAGAGGGAUCAAGUGCGCGUAUUAGAAAAGCCGUUUAUUAUUGUUACUUAUUAACAAGGCAAGGGUUAGAGUACCGGCUUUCUUGUGUCAUCGUUUGUGGCUGAAAGUCUGUUAAGACUUCUAAGUCUGUUACAUUAGGGAUGUUGUUAUUUUUGGGAAUCCUCAAUUAUGUUUGUUUGUUUUUUUUUACUCAAACAAUAAGUUUACGUCAGUAUGGACACAUGACCUUAUUCCGCCCGUGCCCUUUCAGUGGCAUUCAAUGCGAUACUUUCUGUACCGGUCAAUAAAAGAAAGCUUUUCCAGUGGUCGCUGAUUAAAAACCAUGUGUUGUUUCGCAACCAGAGAUAUUUAAUUAACACCGUUAAUGUUACUGAAGAAGAAACCGCACGUAAUAACGAGCAGCUAAGCAAUGCUGGAGAAAAUAAGAGAGAGCCGCAAAUGGCCGCAUUUUCCUUUUUUUGGCCUCAAAACCUUUUUUCUUUGCACAGGGUGCUUUAAUACGUAAAAAUUGUAUUUGGUUGUGAAAACAAAAAGGGCUGUUUGGCUACUAUGAGGAUUAUUAUUGACAACUUAGUAGGUGUCAUCUAUGAAAGCUUGUUUCAGUCACGAUAUAACAAAAUAAAAAGGUUAAUGCGACAUUUUGUCUUAUAAUUUGAAUAUUUUUCUCACAAUUUUGAGAAUAAAAAUUAAGUUGCAACCUUUUUACUACAUUCAGA